ACAGCUACGUCGUCUCUCCUCCCGGGUGCCAGCGCCAUGGCGUCGCGAGCGCCGGUGGAGCUCGACUUCCUCGGCCUCCGUCCCGCCGCCGCUUGCGACCAUGACAACCACCGCCAUGGCAGCACCGGCAGCGCCGCCUCAUCCUCUUCCAUCCGAGGCAUGAAGACGAGCGCGAUAGCGAGCAUCGGAGCGCGGCAGCUGCGCCGCGUCAUCGCCGGCGACGACACGCCGGCGCCGGCGCCGGCGACGAUGACGCUCUUCUACAACGGCGCCGUGGCCACCUUCGACAGCGUCUCCCAGGACAAGGCUGAAGCGAUAAUGAAGAUGGCAAUGGAGGUUACUGCCUCCAAUGGAGGCCGCAUCGUCCGUGGCGAUGCAUUUGCUGGAAAUUUAGCCAAAGACAUGCCGCUCACAAGAACCAAAUCGCUGCAGCAGUUCCUGCAGAAGCGAAAAGAGAGGCUGAGGGCCACGAGUCCGUACCAGCAGGUGGGGCCGGGAGGGACCGGCCGCGUUGCUGCGGCGGCGACCAAGUCGUUUCGUGUCAAGGAGGAAGCUGCUUAGGGCAACUUGGAGUUGGAGAUCAGCUACUAAUAAUUCAAGAAUUCUUUGGUGAUUAUAUUUAUAUAGUGAUGGUACAAAUAAAAGAAAGUUCCAGUACAAGGAUAAGUCGUAUGAUAUGAUGUAUUCCAUUCAUAAUUCGAGGUAAGGUUAACUCUAGAAUUGAUAGUAUAGUAGGCAUAUGAUGUAUUGAUUUUUUUCAAACAGGAUGCUGAUUGUAUUGUACGUUCAAAAACAAUAAAGAUUCUCCUGUAUCCGAAUUAAUAUUAGGCUGCGUUUGGA